AUGGACACAUCAGUCACGAGCACUGCCAUCCUCACCAUCACGGAUCAGCUUGGUGGAUACAAUAGGAGCUCAUGGGUCUUCACCGCAUACCUGCUAACAUUCUGCGGAUUCCAGUUGAUCUGGGCAAAGCUCUCCGACAUCCUCACACGAAAAGCGAUCAUCGUAGCCUCUCUCUUCAUCUUCACAGUCUUCUCUGGAGCUUGCGGCGCAAGCCAGACUCUGACCCAACUCAUCAUGUUUCGCUGGGUCCAAGGCAUAGGAGGAUGCGGCAUCUUCGCUCUGACACAGCUUGUCUUCUUCGAGUUGGUACCACCAAGGAAGUGGCCCAUAUUUGUGAGCCUGGUCACUGGAGUCGUCGCAUUGGCUCUAGUUGCAGGUCCGCUGAUCGGAGGUGCUCUCUCGACUGGAACUAAAUGGAGGUGGAUCUUUUUGCUAAAUGUACCAGUCUGCGCAGUGGCUAUCAUAGCUCUGCUCGUUAUGUUUCCCUCCAAGCUUUGGAAUGAACCUGCAGUAACAGACCGUGGCGGAUUGUCCAUGACCAGCCACCUUCGGCGCCUCGAUGUACUUGGCUCCAUAUUUCUCCUUGGAAUAUGUAUUCUUGCAUCUACGGGUUUCCAACAAGCCGCCCUCGGUUACGCCUGGACGUCCUCAUUCGUCCUCCCUCUGUUUCUUCUUGUUAUUCCCUUCAUCAUCGCAUUCUUCACCUGGCAAUGGCUCGUCACCACGCGCUUCAAAUACCCGGAGCCCCUUCUUCCCUGGCGAUUUUGCCAGUCUCGUAUCUGUCUCGGAAUGCUCCUAAAUUCAUACCUUACGGGAACAGUUCUGAUGGUCUGCCUCGUCCAAAUCCCACAACGCUUCAUGACUGUUAACGGCCUCUCAUCCUUGGAUGCAGCCGUUCGCAUGCUUCCUUUUGGAGCUUUUGUCCCCGGUGGGUCAAGCCUCGCAGCUGUGCUGAUGGGCAAGCCAAAGGUUCCACCCUGCAUCAUAAUCCUCGUCGGUGCAGUAUUGCAGCUCAUCGGCGCCGUGUUCCUCUCUCGCAUACCGACAGAUCCACAUAUCCAUUCGCCACAAUAUGCAUUCCAAGUGCUUAUAGGCUUGGGCGUAGGGUUUCUAGCUGCAGGGUUGAUCCUGCUGGUACCGUAUGCGAUGGAGAAACGUGAUCUCGCGGUGGGAACAGCAUCAGUCUCUCAAUUCCGCGUCCUCGGCGGCUUGAUUGGAAUAUCUGUCGCAUCAUCCCUCUCUACACCCUAUCUCCGACACCAUCUCAUCGAUGUGCUCCCUUUGGAUCUGGUGCUCGCGGUGAUGGAAAAGACAGAGGCAUUGCACAUGCUCUCAGGCGCCACACUUGAUAAUGUCCGAGCUAUCUUUGGGGAGAGCUACAAUCUGCAGAUCAAGUUCGUGAUUGGGUUUGCGGCAGCGCAGAUACCAACGACAGCGCUGAUGUGGACGGGUCAAGUUGUCAAUCCAGUGCAACAUUCAUGA